AUGAGCACUCGCGCUCAGGUGCUCGGCGGCCACGUGCAAGACACCGAGGAGCUCAAGGCGCUGGUGAAAGGCAUUGACGAGGCUGAAGGAAUGCUGCUGCAUCAUAUCGUUCAAGGCCGUGCCAAGCAGGGAGAGGACGGAGAGACUCGACCGCGUUUCGAGGUGACGCUCACGGAUCCGCAGCGUAAGGCCAUGCGCAAGGACGAGGAGAUCGUGCCACUCACGGAAAAGUCAGCAGCAGAACCACUUGUUGUAAACUCUGGCAACGUCUGUCAGCGUCCGUCGUAG